AUGUCCAUAUAUCGACUGGAGUCGUCGUCCACAUCUUCAAUCGACUUGAACUGCGAUGAGAUCAGCAUCAACACAGUCACAUCAGAAGGACAGUUUGCGAUGAAAUUCCUCAAGUUGAACCUUGGCCGUGAAGGAAGGCAGUCCUUCAUCACCAAUUGGUAUAUGGCCACCAAGAAUACAACAAGCCCCUCAACGUCAUAUCUAUACCUUAGCAAUGUUACGAUUACAAAUUGGGAUGGCACGACAACAGGCUCCAACGAUUGGGCCAUCUACUUCUAUGGCCAGACCGUCCUUGGAUUCAACUUCCGUCUGGCGGGUGGUGCCAACAGCAAGAUUGUCAUGGACCAAGAUGCAACUGUCCAACUAAGCGGUGGUAUCUCUUGGGAGAAGUAUAAACUGAACAUUACAAACGGAGCAUUCUUUGCCUCUGGGGCCAGACUUGGAGAAGUCACACAGACUGGAGGCGACAUCAUCUUUAAAGACCCCUCGACAAAGUUGUACCUCGCUGGCCCGUACUCGGCACCCAGUGGGAAGGCAUCGAUCACAUUCAUAGACGCUUUGUUACCUGGAACCAAUGCACCAAUCGAGGUCGAUGAUGACAUCACUGUCACUUUUGCAAAGGUCAAUGUCCAGUUUAUCAAAACCUCACCAGUUUUCAAUCAACCGUACAGACUGAUGUCUGGAUUUACCAAGAUUGACUACAAGACCAUAGUUCCAAACGUGUGGUGGAAUGGAGGCAGCCUAGACAACUAUGUAUCCAAGAUCGACAGGGUGGACAAUAGUUUCGUUCUCAACUUCUACGAAAAAUGCAUCAAGUGCAACGGUCGAGGCUAUUGCCUGCACAAUGAUACAUGUGUAUGUGAUCAAUACUAUCAGGUGGUGGACAACUGCAGCAUCAAAGGUUGCUAUCAAAACUGCAGUGCCAGAGGAGUCUGCGCCAAGCCAGGCACCGACCAAUGUCAAUGCGACCUUGGCUUUGUUGGACAAUAUUGCCAGCUCCCUUCAUCAUCCUGUGCUGGACUACUUUCAGAUACUGAUUGUUCCACCGUACCAGGAUGUACAUGGUCAGGAAACACAUGUCAACCAAACUCAUCCAACUCAAUCUUUGGAUCAGUCUUUGGAUCAACUUAUAUUGUUGGUUUACUCAUUGCCGUCAUCAUUGGGACCUUCUCAAUUUAA